AAUGAUCAUAACAUUGCACUAUUUUUACAUGCACAGACAAGACGAGGAUUUCGAUUUGGGGAAAACUUUUGUACGUUGGAAUUUUGUGAUUUCUUCUAAGGUUUGUUUACCGGAAAGUCGCCAUGGAUGAGGAGGAUGAAUAUAUAUUGGGUGAGGAAGACGUCGAAGAGGAUGAAAUGGAAUCCAGUGACUUUGAAGGGCACUUUGAAAUGGACGACGAUGAAGGUUCUUCGCAACGGGAUCAAAUUGAAGAAGACGACUUUCAUUACGAAGUGCUAACGCCAGAUGACAAUGUACAACUCAUGGUCGAUACAAUUCGUGAAGUUAAUGUUGUUGUUCAAAUUCCAGCCACCAUCACAAGAAUUCUCCUGAAUCACUUCCGAUGGGACAAAGAGAAACUCAUGGAGCGAUUCUACAGCGAGGACCAAGACAAACUCUUCAGCGAGGCUCACGUUGUUAGUCCCUACAAGAAAACUCCGGUCAGGCAUUCGUCUAGGGUAGCUACGCGAUCUUCAGGUCCGGUCCUUGAACCCUGCGAUAUCUGCUGUCGGAAUAUAAUUAGCACGAUGAUGACAGGCUUGGAGUGUGGGCACCGAUUCUGCAUGGACUGCUGGACGGAAUACCUGACCACCAAGAUCAUGGAGGAAGGAAUGGGCCAGACAAUAUCCUGUGCAGCUCAUAGUUGUGACAUCCUAGUCGACGACUGCACCGUAAUGAAACUAGUCAAGGAUGCCAAAGUCAAGUUAAAAUACCAGCACCUGAUAACAAACAGCUUCGUAGAGUGCAAUCGGCUGAUGAGGUGGUGUCCGGCACCAGACUGUCCCAACGCAUUCAGAGCUAGCCAUCUAGAGGUCCGGCCGGUCACCUGCAAGUGUGGUCACAUAUGCUGUUUUGUGUGUGGUGAAAACUGGCACGACCCUGUCAAAUGCAAGUGGCUGAGGAAAUGGAUCAAAAAAUGCGAUGACGACAGCGAAACGUCCAACUGGAUAUCGGCCAACACGAAAGAGUGUCCAAAGUGUCAUGUGACCAUCGAGAAAGAUGGCGGAUGCAACCACAUGGUCUGUCGCAACCAAAACUGUAAGGCUGAUUUUUGUUGGGUCUGUCUCGGUCCGUGGGAGCCGCAUGGAUCAUCGUGGUAUAACUGUAAUAGAUUUGACGAGGAAGAUGCCAAAAAAGCAAGGGAUGCCCAAGCUAGAUCAAGACAAGCAUUAGAGCGUUACUUAUUCUACUGUAAUCGCUACAUGAACCAUAUGCAGAGUUUACGCUUUGAAAAUAAGCUGUACUCCCAGAUCAUGAAGAAAAUGGAGGACAUGCAGCAACACAACAUGUCCUGGAUUGAGGUACAGUUCCUGAAGAAAGCCGUCGACGUCUUGUGCCAGUGCCGAUCCACGCUCAUGUAUACCUACGUAUUCGCCUUUUAUCUCAAGAAGAACAACCAGUCGCUCAUAUUUGAGGAAAACCAGAAAGAUUUAGAGAAUGCCACGGAGAUGCUAUCGGAAUACCUGGAGAGGGACAUAAGCAGCGAUGCACUGGCCGACAUCAAACAGAAGGUCCAGGAUAAAACAAGGUACUGUGAAAGUAGGAGGAAGGUUCUACUAGAACACGUCCACGAAGGCUACGAGAAGGAUUUAUGGGAAUACUACGAGUAGAGAAAUAACCACACGCAGCUCUUCCACCGUACAUAGCCAACCCCUCCCCUAUCCCCCUCCCCUUUUGUUCAACACUAGCCACGCCCACCCCUAGGGCCUUGGUUGAAUGACAGGUGUUUUUCCUUUUUCUUUUUAUUUUUUUGCUGUUCAUAUCAGAGUAGUUUUUAUCACAAUUACUAAAAACCUCUUGAAAUGGCACGUGGGACCUCGUAUCCGAUUUUACCAAAAAAAGCAAUGAUACCACAAAUCGCCCUUUACUACAUCAGAGGGUUUGUGCAUAGUAAUGUAAGAUGCGUUGUUCAUUUGUAAAAAUGAAUAAGUAAAGACGAAUUUAUAAUAAAUUCUGUAUGGGACGUUAUGGCAUGAAUAUGAUUCCAUUUCAUAAAAUAGCUGUAAUAUCUUUCUUUUCCUUGGUCAUGCCGGCUAAUUUUUCAUCUGCGGUCAAGAUAUAAGACUUUUUAUGACAGAAAGGUUUUUCCCUCUGUUUUUACCAUAUCUGGAACAUGGAACAUAUCAGUAAUGUCGCGCGCAGCUACGUACCAGGAAAUUGUAUAUAGUUUAACGAAGGUAUACUUCGAAUAAACAGCAGUGUUUUACCCAAGAGAGCGUUGAGCUGACGGGACAAUGAAAGCAACUUGGAUGAAACACAUCAAUAUGAAUCAUUCAGAAAUAAGAAGGUUUUGCCUUGAAAAGUUUCAGUUGUUUACCUUUCGAGGAAUAUCUCAAUACAAGGCUGCUCAGCAUAAGUUUGGACGCUUGUACUAAUAAAAAUAAACAAUUUGAGAAACCCCCUCCCCCCCAAAAAAAAAAAUUAAAAAAA